GAACGUAAGGGCUUAUAUUUCCUCUUCGGAGACGCAGCUUGCAUAUCUCCUGCCUGACUGUCCACUUCACCACCGAAAAACAACAAGGUAGGGCUUUGCCUAAAAUGGACUCCCUCAGCACAGCAAACGUUGAAUUUUGUCUGGAUGUGUUCAAGGAGCUGAGCUCUAACCACGCAGGAGACAAUGUCUUCUUCUCCCCGCUGAGUCUUCUUUAUGCUCUCAGUAUGAUCCUCCUGGGAGCCAGAGGGGACAGCGCAGCGCAGAUGGAGAAGGUGCUUCACUUUAAUCAUACUGUGGAAUCAUCAGGACCAGAGUUCAAGGACUUGGCUAAGUGCAACCGAGCUGGAAGGAUCCACUCAGAGUUAGGAGCCCUUUUCUCCCAGAUCAAUCGGCCAGACUCUAACUACACCCUCAGCAUCGCCAACAGACUCUACGGGACAAAGGCGAUGGCAUUCCAUGAGCAAUACUUACACUGUUCUGAGAAAUUGUAUCAAGCCAGGCUGCAAACUGUUGAUUUUGAACGGUCUGCAGAAGAAACAAGGAAAACCAUCAAUGCUUGGGUUGAAAGUAAAACUGAUGGGAAAGUCACUAACCUCUUUGGAAAAGGCACGAUUGAGCCCUCCUGCGUCAUGGUCUUGGUGAAUGCCAUCUAUUUCAAAGGACAAUGGCAGAGUAAAUUCCGGGAACGAGAAACGUUUCGAACCCCUUUUCAGUUAAGUAAGGGUAAAAGUGUAACUGUGGAGAUGAUGUAUCAGACUGGGAAGUUUAAACUGGCCCUCAUCGAGGAACCACAGAUGCAGGUUUUGGAGCUGCCCUAUGUCAACAACACACUCGGCAUGAUCAUUCUGCUUCCAGUGGGCACGGCUGACUUAGACCAGGUAGAGAAGCAGCUGAACUCGAAGGCCUUUCAGGAAUGGACCAGCCCGUCCAACAUGGUGCGGAGGGACGUGGAAGUGCAUCUCCCGAGGUUCAAACUGGAGAUCAAGUACGAGCUCAAUUCCCUGUUGGAGUCCCUCGGGAUGACAGACAUCUUCAGCCAGGUCAGAGCAGAUCUUUCUGGAAUAUCACCAGUCAAGGGCCUCUUUGUAUCAAAGGUCAUCCACAAGUCCUAUGUGGAGGUCAACGAGGAGGGCACGGAGGCAGCCGCGGCCACUGGGGACGUCCUGGUAGUAAAAAGACUUCCCAUCCGAGCUCAGUUCGUGGCAAACCACCCCUUCCUGUUCUUCAUCAAGCACUUUGGCACCAACACACUUCUCUUCUGUGGCAAGCUGGCCUCUCCCUGAGCAGAGAGGGUGGAGCAAGGCUCAGGGUCACCGAGGGCGUGCAGCGCCCAACCUUGGCUAAAAGUGGGCCAUCCCUCACCCUCCUCCCUGCCUCAGUUUGCUCCUCUGAAAAAUGGGUCCAGGACAUCUCCUAGCUUAUCUCAUGAGUUGGUGAAGCCUCAGACGAGGGUCAUCACAGAAGAAGCUAUAGCUCUCUCAUCUUUGGGGCCUCGUUCAAGUGCUGUCCGGGUAAUAUGAUCCAGCCAGUGGGACAUAGUUUAGAAGAUUAGAUUUUCUCGACUUGUCUGUGUCACUGGGCUCUUGGUUAAGUGGUCACUUUACCUUCGGAAGACCGAUGUAAGGGCUUCAACGUUGGCUGGAUCCUAAAAUCUGUUAUUUUCCUUGUAUGUGUAAAUAUAACAUCAUGAAUUCUGUAUUGACUAUAAUAAAUACGUGAAA